AUGACGUUCCUUGGUAGCUUCAGCCGAGCUCUUGCGGCUGCCACUCUUUUGAUGCGACUCAGCGCCGCCCAGCAGUGCUACUUUCCCAAUGGAUCGCCUUCCACCCAUGUACCCUGCCGCAGCGGCGGCGGCGAAUCUCCGUGCUGCGGGUCGAGCGAGUUUUGUAUGGAUGACGGGCUAUGUUUUGGGGGAGGACUUGUUAGCAGAGGAAGCUGCACGGAUAAGAGUUGGGAGAGUGAGGCGUGCGCGGGAUACUGCAAGAUGACGAAUGCGGGCGGCAGCAUAGCGAUCAUGCCGUGCUCGAAUAAUGGGGGCUCGCCGCUAUACGUCUGCGGCAUCAACAGCUCGUUGUGCAAGAACACCGCAAGCCAGUUCACAAUAUCCGGAGGCUCAUUCGUAUUACGACCGGCACAAGUCGAAGCGCUGGUAGGAUCUGCAUUCAGCAGCAUGGCAGCAGAAGAAGCCAAGCUCUACACCGGAGGACAAAUGGCAGGCUUAGGCUGCGGGCUAGGUCUGCCACUGCUGUUCUGCAUAUGCGCAGCAUUCUUCAUGUGGCGGCGAGAACGCAAUGGGCGCCCGAAGCUCAUGUACAAGCUCCCCGAUGAUCACAAUGAGUUUGGCGGCUUCAAAGCUCCGUCUUCUUCGACUAUGGCUUCGCCAACUUUCGGGCUGCGCCCGCCAUCGUUCGCUAGCUAUCACGGCAGCGUGCAUGUAGCGCAGGCGAGUCGACCCGGAGCGCCGGCGUAUAUGCAGAGUUACCUCGAGAGGUACCAGGCGACGAUGAAUGAGAAGACGGGCAAGAGCGUUAGGGUCAACGUCCAGCCUGUGGAGAUCGGAGGUACGCCUAUACCGAUGAAGAAGCAGGACGGCGUGAGGAGCCCGAGCAGGCAGGAAGGUGUGAGAAGUGCAAGUAGGCACGAGGGCGUGCGAAGUUCGAGCACGUUGAAAUGA